AUGGCUUCCGAAAUUACCUCCAUGCCCCUGCCUCUACGCCAGCUCCACUUCGUCAUAGUCCCUUUCAUGGCGCAAGGCCACUUGCUCCCCAUGGCGGACAUCGCCAAGCUCCUAGCCCAACACGGCGUCGUAAUCACCAUCGUCACCACCCCGGUCAACGCCGGCCGAAUCCGAGGCACCAUUUCCCGCGCCGUGGAGUCCACCGGCGUCCGAAUAACCGUCGCCGAGCUUGAGCUCCCAUCGGACGGAGUCGGCCUGCCGAAGCACUGCGAAACGCUGGACCAGCUGCCUUCUCUGGACAAAGGGAUCGACCUCUUCAACUACAUGGGCCAGGCCCUCGAAAAGCCCAUGGAGAACCUCUUCGAAGAGCUCCGGCCCAGGCCCAACUGCGUGAUCUCCGACAUGUGUUUGCCCUUCACGGCCACCUUGGCCAGAAAAUUUGGUUUGCCGAGGAUUACUUUCAAUGGAUUCUCGGGUUUCACCCUGCUUUGCCUCCGCAACAUACACGAGAUGCUGAAUAAUGAGAAGGGCGUGUUGGGGUCCGACUCGGAACGGUUCGUUGUGCCCGGGUUGCCCGACCGGAUCGAGGUGACGUUGAACCAGCUGCCCUUAGCCAUGGCCAACGGGAUGGACCAGCUCGGUAGGCGGAUGCUAGAAGCCGAAGGCUAUUCGUAUGGGAUGAUCAUCAACUCGUUCGAGGAGCUCGAGCCCGAGUACUUCUCGAGGUACAAGGCUGCCAUGGGUGGCAAGGCCUGGUGCGUUGGCCCUGCCUCGUCCUGCAACAAAGAUCGGUUGGACCGGUUCGAGCGAGGUAACCCUCGGUCAGCCAUCAAUGAAUUGGAAUAUUCGAAGUGGCUCGACUCUCGAGAAUCCGGUUCGGUUCUUUAUGUUUGUAUGGGUAGCCUUUGUAACAUCCGGACCCAACAACUGAUAGAGCUCGGGCUUGGCCUGGAAGCUUGGAACCAACCGUUUGUGUGGGUCGUUAGGGAAGGAGAGACAACCAAAGGUUUGUUCAGAUGGAUGGAAGAGUACAACUUCGAAAAGAGGACCAAAGGCCGAGCACUUAUAGUUCGUGGAUGGGCACCACAAGUGGUGAUCCUAUCACACCCUGCAGUCGGUGGGGUCUUGACUCACUGUGGAUGGAACUCGACACUAGAAAGUAUUUGUGCUGGUGUGCCAAUGGUGACCUGGCCGCUCUUUGGGGAUCAAUUUCUCAAUGAAAGGCUCGUCGUUGAUGUGUUGGAGAUCGGAGUGCCAGUCGGGGCAGAGGCCACAGUGAAAUGGGGAGAAGAAGAUAAUACAAGAAUGUUGAUUAAGAAAGAAGAUGUGAAGCAAGCUAUUGAGGAACUAAUGGGCGAAGGGGAUGAAAAAGAGAUGAGAAGGAAGAGAGCCAAAGAACUGAGUGAAAAGUCUAAAUUGGUCCUUGAAGAAGGAGGAUCCUCUUAUCUUAACAUCAAGCUCUUGAUCCAAGACAUCAGGCAACAUAUAUCUAAGAAAUGCCACCUGAUCCCCAUGGUCGACAUAGCCAAGCUCCUGGCCCAACACGGCGCCACAGUGACCAUCAUCACCACCCCGGUCAACGCAGAACGGGUCCGCCCCACGCUCGCACGUGCCAUGGAGUCCUUAAACGACGACGUCCAGAUACGUAUGGAGGAGAUCGAGUUACCAUGCGAGGAAACUGGGCUGCCCAAAUUCUGUGAGAAUUUGGACCAGCUGUCGUCGUUGGACCAGGCGGUCCACUUCAUGGACAAGGCCGAUGAGCUGCUGGGGCGGGCCGUGGAUAACCUCUUUGACGAGCUCGAGCCCAGGCCCGAUUGCAUAAUCUCCGACAUGUCCUUUCCUUACACCAGCUUUCUUGCCCAAAAGCAUGGCAUCCCUAGGAUUACCUUCCUUGGGUUUUCAUGCUUUGCCACGUUGUGCCAAAGGAAUGUCAACAAGGAGUUUCUCGAUGGUGUGGCUUCAGAUUCCGAACCUUUUGUGGUGCCCGGGUUGCCCGAUCGAAUCGAGCUAACCAAGAACCAGCUGCCCGUGGCUGUGGCCAUCAAUGGGUUCGGCCGAGUCGGUCAGAGGAUCGGAGCCGCUGAGGCGUUAUCUUAUGGAACGGUUUUCAAUUCGUUCCAAGAGUUGGAGCCUGAGUAUUUUCUUGCGUGUAAAGAAGCGUUGGGAGGCAAAGCUUGGUGUGUGGGCCCCGUCUCCUUGUGUCAUAAAGAUCAAUUGGAACAGUCUCAAAGAGGUAACCGGUCAGCGAUGGAUGCGUCCGAAUGCUCAAAGUGGCUUGACUCGCAACAAACCGGUUCGGUCAUCUAUGUUUGUCUAGGGAGCAUAUGUAACACCCCGACUCAACAACUAAUAGAGCUUGGGUUGGGCAUCGAAGCGUCAAACCACCCAUUUAUGUGGGUUGUUCGCGGUGGAGAAACCUCGAAGGAUCUACUGAACUGGGUGGACGAGAGCGGCUUCGAGGAGAGGACUAAAGGCCGAGGACUUAUCAUUCGAGGUUGGGCCCCGCAGAUCGUGAUCCUAUCCCACCCCGCAAUCGGAGGGUUUCUGACGCACUGUGGUUGGAAUUCCACGCUAGAAUCUAUAUGUGCCGGCAUACCACUGAUGACGUGGCCCCUUUUUGGAGAUCAGUUCUGCAACGAGAGGCUGGUCACGGAUGUGCUAAAGAUCGGAGUGAAAAGCGGAGUGGAUACCACGAUGAAAUGGGGCCAAGAGGAGAAGAUUGGAGUGAUGGUGAAGAAAGAAGAUGUCACCAUAGUUAUUGAGGAAUUGAUGGGGCAAGGAGAGGAGAUGGAAAAGAGAAGGAACAGGGUUAAGGAGCUUAGUGCAAUGUCGAAGUUAGCCCUAGAAGAGGGAGGAUCUUCAUAUAUCAACAUCAAGCUGCUAAUACAAGAUAUAUUCGAUCAAGCAAGCAGCCGAAAAUCUUGA